UGUUUGCUGCGUGGAUAAUUGAUUUUUUUUUCGUUGACAAAACUUUAUACACGAUUGUAUAGCUCAGAAAGAAAGUACUAUAUAUUUUCCUCAUUUUCUGUUCAUUUCUCACAGAAAAGCCUGUGGAAACACCGAGGGGGGACGCCUAAAUCUGUUGACGAAACAUUUCGAGAAGUGACGAAAAAGAUCUAGAGUAGUCGGUACUUUUAACCAACGUCAGCAAAAACACGGUGCCAUUCCGGACGUGAGCGUGUCCCGAAUCGAACGCUGCAAUUUAUUUAUAGCGGUUUAUUCACAAAAUGUGGUCUAAUAACAAUCACAAGUCGCCGCUUAUGUUGUUGGUUGUGUGUUUGCUGUUGACCUGUUUUUAUCCCAGCAGCGUACUGGGAAACCUCAAGGUCAUCUAUGCGGUGAAUGCUGGCGGCCAGGAACAUACUGACAAACAUGGCAUACAUUAUAGUGCUGAUCCAUUACAUGGACGCAUUGGUACGGCAUCCGAUUAUGGUAAUCAUCUACUAUUGAUAGGACGCGUGGCGGAACAAGACGAGGUACUCUAUCGCACGGAGCGCUAUCACACGGCAACCUUCGGUUAUACAUUACCGAUAGACGGCGAUGGCGAGUAUGCGCUGAUAAUGAAGUUCUGCGAGGUCUAUUUUAAUGAGCCGAAUAAAAAGGUAUUCGACGUGAUUUUAAACAACAAGCAUGCAGUUGUAAAGGAGCUUGAUAUUUUUCAUCAAGUCGGCCGUGGGACUGCUCACGAAGAAUACGUUCAUUUUAGGGUAUCCAACGAUCGCCUCUUCUACAAAGAUGAACAGUCCGAUAUCCGCAAUGGUGUCGUUCGUUUAGAUUUUAUUAAGGGCCCUUACGAUAAUCCUAAAAUUAAUGCCUUUGCCCUGCUCAAAGGUGACGUGGCGAAUAUACCACGCUUGCCGCCAACAUCUGAUGAUAUUCUCCCAAUGGAUGCCGACAUGGCAGUUUUCAAUGAUCGCAUCUCUGCUGAUAGUGGUAGCAGCGAAGGAGCUGCUGAACAAACACAAGAGCAUCAACAGCGGAUUAGAAAUGCUGCUUCCUCACCGGUGAAUGAUGCCACGCUGGACGAAGACGAAGAGAAGGAUAUCGAAGUUGAAUCUGUGCCAACAACGCGGAAAGUUAGUGGUCCGAGACAACCGAAUCCUUAUUCCAUGGAUGAUUCAUCAGUUAUGCUGCCGGUUUUCAUAGCGAUUGGAGCAUUCAUACCUUUGCUUUUCUGCCUCUGCAAGUUGUGAUGGGUUCGACUUACAACAACAUAGAAAAGAAGAUUAGGAGCUGUUCCAUUGGGGUUCGGAAGUGAUCUGGAAAAAACGAAAGUGUACAAGAUAAAGCGGUAUUGUGAUCUUUGCAACUUCAGUCCGGUAUCCGGAUAUAAAGAAGGGUGGUAUAUAUUUAUCAACGAAAAUUACUUCAUGUCGAAGCGCUAUUUACAUAAAUGCCUAUCGCUGCCUGAAAGUUUUCCUUGUUUGCUCCCUACUUACUACUGUACUACUCGAUCUCCUUCGUGUCGUUUUUAUUUAUUGUCAAUAUUUGAUUUGCUAUUAACACUGAGAAGGUGUGCACUGGUAGCUAAAUUAAGCAUUUAUAUCUGUUUAAACUCAUAAGGCACAAUACAUACUAACUGCAAACGCUUGUACGUAAUAUUUUGGAAUAAGUUUAUUUUGGGUUGUGAAACACCGAAAUGUUGAAGAAUGCUGGUACGUACUUAUAUUUUGUUGAUAGAAUAAUUCUCGAAAACAAUAAAUAAUACCAAUGCUCAGUGCAUGUUGUUUUCAACGCACAAUAAAUUGUUUUGAAGAGGAAACAGACGCAUAAGCGAAUCGCAUAUAUGUAUUUACAUACUUAUAUACACAAUUUAAAAUUGAGAUUUAAAUAUAAACAAAGCUACAUAUGUGCAUUUCUUGGAGUUGCAGAAUUUCAAGUUGCGAUAGUGCUCUAUGUAUGUACAUACUUACAUAUAAACACGCGUAUGAGAACAUAAAUUUACUAUAACAAAUUGUAUUAUUUAUGUUGUAGUUAAAUAAAUUUCGGAAAAUAGAUUUUUGUCAACUCAAUU